ACACACGUUCUAUAACAAAGCAGCAUUGUGAUGUCAUAGAAUGUUGAACAUACAGCAGGGGGGUUUACUAAGUAGAUGUCAGUUCACAUCACACAGUCAUUCGUUUGCAGUAGUAAAGAGUACUUUCAAAAAAGACUUAAAGAUGAAUAUCCAAAGUUUCUGUUCGUAUGGACUGAAGAGCACAUUGGAGUGUAUUUCCAGGGCAACACUUCUCUCACAACCCACUGACAUCCCUAGCUUUUUUCUGCAGUAUUUGUCAGAGCUGAUAGGUUUUAGAGAAUCGUACCCUGAAACCGAUCCCAAGAUUGUUUCCUUCUCCUACCAAAAGAUGUGGGAGAAUAAGUUCCUGAAAACAACUGUUAGUCCGAUCACCACCACAAAGAAGUCACCAGAAGUUCCAUCUGAGACUGAACUAAAGGAGGCCCUGAAGACACUCUACUUAGAUUUGGCGUCUUCGGGUGAACAAAAAAAGUUCAACCCAUUAGGAAAAGACAAAAAUCCCUCUGCAACUCCCAUGUUCUUAAAACCAGCACCACCACCCUGUAGUGAAAGGAAGUUUGCAAAGGAUGUAGUACCACCUGUCCUUGUUGUUAAAGGAGACGAGAAGCCUGCACCACUUUCCGCCAAUAUCAACAUGAAAACACGUAGAGUUUCGACAGUUAGAGUUCUUAGGCGACCACCGAGUGAAGCAACCAUAGAUGAUAUUGUGAAGACGCCAGCAACACUACAACUAAAAACAAUUCAUAAAAAAACACCUACGGCUAAAGUUUUGACAUCCAGUACCAUUAGUGACCCCUCAAAACUUCCCAAUAUCCCAAUACCAAAAGUGAGACUUGUUAUUCCACCAAUUCCAAGGAAGAAAACCAUAGGUUCCCUCUCACUUGAGAACAGGGAGGUGGUGCCAGAACGCAGAGCACUGGGGCCAUUAAAACGAGCUCCAAACCUUGAAGCAGGCAGAGUACCAAACACAGAGAGAGACAAGAAAAGACCAACAACACCAAAGGUCCAACAGCUAAACAACGAGUGGAAUAUGUCAAAUAGAUCACCAGAGAGGAAGAGGAUUCUAUGGACAGACAGAGAGAAAGUAAAGGCACUAGCAGACAGGAAAGUUCAGGGUGCAGCCUUCAAUAGACAAGCUCCUGUAGUAGUGAGCACAAAUAAUUUUAAUCUGGAAUUUACCCACACUUGCCCUCAUUUAGGGCCUAAUACCAUCCUAGGAUACAAGCGAAUGCUGAUGAGAUCCUUAUUUUUCGGCCGCAAUGGUCCUCAUUAAGUUCACAUCACUAUAGAUUUAGAUUAUAAUUAAAACUCCUACUUGGUGAUGGUAAUAAUUAACCAUUUAACCGUUAACCAGCACUAAUCAUUUGGAUCA